GGGUUUAGUUUAGUUGCGUUUUGGAUUCAAAAAAUGGUAAGAAGCACUCACUCGUGAAUCCCACGCAAUCCUCUUGUUUUCUUCUGCACUCACUCACUCACUCUCUCAGCUCACUCUCAAACCUUGAUGGAUUCCCAUUCCCACAUCAUUGCAUGGGGUUCCGGCGAAGACGGUCAACUAGGAAUCGGCAACAACGAAGAGAAGGAAUGGGUCUCCGUCGUCAAAGCCCUCCAGCCCCACCGUCUCCGCUCCGUCGUCGCCGGCAGCAGAAACUCCCUCGCCAUCGCUGACGACGGCAAACUGUUCACUUGGGGGUGGAACCAAAGGGGCACGCUUGGCUACUUGUCUGAGACUGAGACCAAGACUGAGAACAUUCCCGGCCAGCUCAAGGCUCUUUCCGGUGUUAAAAUUCUUCAGGCGGCUAUUGGGGGGUGGCACUGUUUGGCUGUUGAUGAUCAAGGCAGAGCUUAUGCCUGGGGUGGGAAUGAAUAUGGGCAGUGUGGUGAAGAACCCAAGGAUGACACUGGUAGACUUUUAAGGAGAGAUAUAGUGAUCCCUCAGCGCUGUGCCCCAAAGCUUGUUGUUCGCCAGGUUGCUGCAGGAGGAACUCACUCAGUGGUACUUACACGUGAAGGGCAUGUUUGGACAUGGGGUCAGCCAUGGCCUCCUGGUGACAUAAAACAGAUUUCAGUCCCUGUUCGGGUUCAAGGUCUUGAAAAUGUGAGGCUCAUUGCUGUUGGGGCAUUUCAUAAUUUGGCUCUUCAAGAGGAUGGAACUUUAUGGGCAUGGGGUAAUAAUGAAUAUGGGCAACUUGGAACUGGAGAUACUCAACCAAGAUCACAGCCUAUUCCUGUUCAAGGACUUUCUGAUCUUACUCUGGUGGAUAUUGCUGCUGGUGGAUGGCUUUCUAUUGCAUUGACAGAUGAAGGAGAGGUUUAUGGCUGGGGAAGGGGUGAACAUGGCAGGCUUGGAUUCGGUGAUAGUGACAAGAGUAGUAAAAUGGUACCGCAGAAGGUUCAGCUUUUAGCUGGUGAAGAUAUUGUUCAGGUGUCAUGUGGAGGUACUCAUUCAGUUGCUUUAACCCGGGAUGGACGCAUGUUUUCUUUUGGUAGAGGUGACCAUGGUCGUCUUGGAUAUGGAAGGAAAGUGACCACUGGUCAGCCAAUGGAGGUACCUAUAAACAUCCCUCCUCCACAGAAUCUCAGUGACAGUGCAGCUGAGGGACAUUGGAUAGCUAAACUUGUUGCUUGUGGUGGCCGCCAUACGUUGGCAAUAGUAGAAUGGAAACCAAAUGAAUCUUAAGAUUGACUCAUGAAUCAUAAAUAAAACGCAAACUGGAAAGUAGAUGAGCCUAAUGACUCAUUUGGAACUCAGUUGAGGUGCUACAAUUUCUGUUGGAACUCAAAUCAUAUAUAGCACACACGUUCAUCAAUAUAGUCAUGGGAGUUGGUUUUGAAUGGUCUUAAUUUCCGUAUUUAUUUAGGAGAUGUUUGGUUAGGUGAAUUUUAUCUAGAAAUCAUGAUUUUCGAUAAUUAUAUCGUGGCUAUUGUUUUUGGAGAUGAUUUAGUUUUAUUUGAUUAAAUAUAACUAUUUUAGGGAA